AUGGCGAGACCCCAAGAUACGGCUUUGGCCCGAUUCUAUGGCCUCCCUAAGGUGCACAAAGACGGCGCUCCUCUCCGACCCAUCGUGUCGCCUAAAGGUACUCCAACGUACGGACUGGCUAAGUGGCUGUUCCGGCGUCUCAAGUUCCUGACUGCUGAGUCAGACACCACGGUCUCUUCGUCAUCAGAAUUCCUGGAGAAACUUAAAGGGGUAAGCCUCCAUCCAAAUGAGGCCAUGGUAUCUUUUGAUGUUAUGUCCCCUUUUAACUUUUAUUCCACAGGACCUGGCCAUCGAGACAAUCCAGCCGCUUCUACAAAGCAAAUACGAUGAAGCGGAUGAUCGUCUUGGACACACCCAAGUCCUUCAACUUAUAAAGUCCUAUCUUAAGACGUACUUCACGUUCGACGGGACAAUCUACGAACAGGUGAAGGGCACACCAAUGGGUUCGCCGAUUUCGGGAUUCAUAGCUGAGGCGGUCCUGCAACGGUUAGAGUCGCUGGUCUUCCAACACCACAGGCCGAAAUUCUGGGCCCGGUAUGUGGAUGAUACCUUCGUCGUCAUCGAACGGGAUCAGGUGUUGACAUUCCAAGAACAUAUCAACUCCGUUUUCCCGAACAUUCAAUUUACGAUGGACGAGGAGGAGGAGAACAACCAGCUGGCCUUCCUGGAUGUCCUGGUAUGCCGCAAGCAUUGUGGUGAACUAAAGACCAAAGUGUUCGGAAAAGCGAAAAAUACUAUGUAA